AUGGAUUUUCCCUUCAGGUAUAGCGCCGCAAUCUUGGGUGCUGGACCGGCUGGUUUUGCCCUGGCGGCAGACCUCCAAAACCACGGGACGGAGACCUUGGUGUAUUCACACCCGGAACACCAACAGCACGCCAGACAGGUGCAGGCUCGCGGUUGUCUGGCCGUCGAUGGCGUCUUUCGUUGCGUCCAGAAUGUCCACAUUACCACCGACAUGGCCGAGGCCGUUCAGUUUUCUCGGAUCCUCGUCCUCGCCGUCCCCUCCAGCGCCCAGGAGAGCAUCCUGCAGCUCCUUAGACCUUUUGAUCUUAGCCAGCAUACUAUAAUCGCCGUGCCCGGUAACCUUUUCUCGCUGGUCAAUGGGCUCCGGGUGGCCAACGUCCUCGAGACGAACCUCUCGCCCUACUCGUGCCGCAUGGAUGACCAGGGCAGGCUGCUGGUCUUUGGAAAAAAGAAGCGCGUCUUCAUUGCCGCGCUGCACAGGGAUCGCGUACGAUACAGCGAGGUCCAGGCUGUGUUCCCGCGAGUCGACCUGAGGUGGUGCACAAUAAUCGAGGCCUGCCUCUGCAACAUAAACGGCACUUUCCACCCUCCGCUCGUCCUCCUCAACGCGGGCCGCAUAGAGGACACGGCGGGUGAUUUUUUAUCAUACCGGGACGGGCUUACCCGGUCAGUCGCCAACGCGAUGGAGGCCAUCGAUUUGGUGCGCAGCAAAAUCGGCGCGGCGUUUGGCCUGCGCAUAGGCUCGUCGCUGCAAAUCUCAAACGAAUGUUACGACCAGCACUUUGAGGACCUCGUCGACCUGGGCAGGCAUUCACCGCCGCAUAAUAAGCUCCGGGCGCCGCCGACGAUCCGGAACCGCAACAUAUCGGAGGACGUGGCAGAUUUGUUGGUGGCUUGGCACUGCCUGGCCCAAAAGCUUGGCAUUGACGCGUCGCCCAUCACGGCCGUUAUUGUCAUGGCGCAGAUGGUCAUGGGCGAGGACUAUAUGCGGACGGGGAGGAACCUGGCCAAGUUGAAGCUCGAGCACGUCUCGAGAGAUGAGCUGGUUCGGCGGUUUGCGGCCCUGCCGGUCGGGGCCCCUGUGGUAAUGUCAUCAUUAGGAGAAGUUAAAGCUAGUUUAUAA